AUGACUGUCAAAGAAUACCACACUGCGCCAGCGGAAGAGAAGAAGAACCCAUGGGUUCAGACGCCAUUGAGGGAGUCAUACGCGCUCUCUGAAGCUGCGGGAUGCAGAAUCUUCCUCAAGCUGGAGAAUCUCCAACCAUCUGGCUCGUUCAAAACCCGAGGUAUCGGAUACUACAUCCUACGUCGCCUCGAGGAAUUGCCUCUCGGCUCCCGACCACACAUCUUCGCCUCCAGCGGCGGGAACGCAGGACUUGCGGCUGUCCACUCGGCACGCGCGUUGGGCCUGCAGUGCACUGUCGUCGUGCCAACGGCGACGUCCGCACUGAUGGUAGCCAAGCUCAGGGCCGCAGGUGCACACGACGUGAUCCAGCACGGCGCCGCCUGGAAAGACGCAGACACAUACCUCCGGACCGAGGUCAUGCCACGCGCACCCCAACCCACCAUCUACUGCCCCCCCUUCGACCACCCCGACAUCUGGGCCGGCAACUCAACCGUCAUGCACGAAAUCGCCGCACAGCUCGACUCUCCGCCCGACGUACUGAUCUGCAGCGUCGGCGGCGGCGGCCUGAUGAACGGCAUAUGCCAGGCCAUGGACGACCUGAAAAUGUACACGCCCACUAUCCUGGCGCUGGAAACCGCGGGCGCCGAGUCCCUGAACGCUGCGCUACACGCCCGCGAACUCAUCACCCUGCCGAAGAUCACGUCCCAAGCUACGAGUCUGGGGUGUGCAAAGGUCACGGAAGCGACGUUCAAGUAUGCACAGCGGGCUAACGUGAGGAGUGUUGUGCUGCCGGAUGCUGAGGCCGCGAUGGGGUGCUGGCGGUUGGCGGACGACGAGCGCAUGAUGGUUGAGUUGGCGUGUGGGGUGAAUGUAGCGCUUUGCUAUGACGGGCGGUUAGAAAAGGCGCUCGGACGGCCCGUCAGGAGGGAUGAUGUGGUUGUUAUCGUGCUGUGUGGUGGGAGCAAUGUUACGAGUGAUAUGCUCUGUGGGUGGAGGAAGGAGUAUGCGUAUGUGGAGGAGGAGCUAGACAUGCAGGGCAAGAGAGACUCGGGGUAUGGCAUUGUGCCGAAACCAGGCAGCCAUCUCCAAGAAACCCCAUGUAAAGAUCAGGCUGUUGUUCAAGCUGUCGCCAGGGCUCAUCAUGAAUUCGCGGUCCCUCUUUGCGAACAUGCCGCCCGGCUUGAAGACAUAUGUGUAACCCGUGAGCGCGAACAGGAAAGCGAGACGGACAGGCGCCUGGUUGCCCCAGUAUUCGAUGAAGAACUCCUCGGAGUGAGAGAGUGCGGUGAGAUCGGACAGUCCGAGGAACGCGAACAGGACGGCGAGGAAGGCUGUUGCUGA